AUGCCAAGAGCUCGUUUCACCGCUGAUCGGCGUUACACUGCAUCCAUCGACUUCAUUCAGCGCACCCUGCGCACAUGGCUGGACUUCCCGAAGAAUUCCUCGUAUGUGCGCUCCCUCUUCAUACGCGCUAUCAUCUCGGCCUUUGGCUGCUCAGAUGUCCUUCUUCUGGACGGUGUCUGGGAUGUCUACCAGCGCGCUGAGUCUUCCCUUCUCAUCCUGGACGACCCACCUCAGCUCACCUUGCAACCUUCCGACUCUGCUGCACCAGGCUUAGAAGCGCUCCACCGCUUUGUCAUGGACUGCUAUGGCUUGCUGGACCAUCUUCUAGAUGGUAAGCAGAUCACGCAGACUCGGCUCCAGAACUGGUGCUUGAGGAAUGAGGACAAGUACUUGCCAUUCCGGGAGCUUGCCCGUGGUUGCCGAGCGGUGACGUCUCUCCAGGGUCCCUUCCAUCCUACCAACAUCGACAAGCCAGGAGGGAUUGCAAGUGCAUUUAUCUUCCGCUGCAUCACUUUUGGCGCAGAGGCUUCCUAUCACUCCCCUACCUUCUUUGCCACACUGGAAGACUUUGUCGCCCUGCGCAACGCUCAUCCCUCUGACUACAUCUGCAACAAGAAUGCGUAUGGCUCACAUGCCGUGGGCCGUGAUGCUAGCCAUGGCGAGGCAAUGUUUGCAGCUGCACCUCAUUUUGUGGAGUUCUUCUCUGACCACCCAAAUGUUCCAUUCCUCGAUGCCCGCAAGGAUACCCGGAAGCUCCUCCCUGGCUGUGGGCCACUUACUGCCACUCUUCUUGCAUCAGACUUUGUGUAUGCAGGAAAGGUGAAGAUGCCAACAGUGCCUGAGAUGGGCCAUGUGGUUGCGUCAUUGAAGUUAGGUGCACGGGCUGGUCUCAUUCGUCUUGGACUUCUCAGCGGUGUGUCUGCUACUGAAGGUGAAGUGUGCACAGCCUUUGUGCUUGCAUAUAAUCAUCUUGAAGCCAAGCUGCCUGCUGCUGUGAAGUCUAGGAUGAAUUUUGAUGUGAUCAUGCUGGAACAUGCCUUGUGUAAAUUGAAGCGUAGUGGUACAUACUUCAAAGUGUAG